UUGUUUUGUUUUUUAAGCAAUAUGGCUGGUGAGUGGGGCUGGGGACGCUGGCAGAGGCUCUCCAAGGCUCCUAAAUGCUAGCUGAGGCAGAUGGCACGGUUCCCCAUGGAAGCGACAGCUCUAUGAGGACAAGCAAUAUAAAUAAUAAUAUAAAUCCGGACUCUUCAAUCUUAAUAUCCAAGAUGGAAGACGUUGUCAUCCCGUUCUCGUCUGAGGUGCCAUGCGACAGUAAUGGACAGCGCAUGUGGUGGGCAUUCCUCGCCUCCUCCAUGGUGACGUUUUUUGGGGGUCUCUUCAUCAUCCUGUUAUGGAGGACCCUCAAGUAUCUGUGGACUGUUUGCUGCCACUGCAACAUUAAAAACAAGGAGGCUCAGAAGGUAAACAACCCCGCCAAUAAUCAGGCAGCAGACAAGGCACCAAAGAAUCCUGAUGAGAAGGAGGAGGCACCAGCCAGCGAGGUGGGAUGGAUGACUUCAGUCAAAGAUUGGGCUGGUGUCAUGAUCUCCGCUCAGACACUCACUGGCAGAGUUCUGGUGGUGUUAGUGUUUGCACUCAGCAUCGGGGCCCUAGGAAUAUACUUCAUAGACUCCUCAGAUCCUAUAGAAUCCUGCCAGAACUUCUACAAAGAUUUCACGUUACAGAUCGAUAUGGCUUUCAACGUCUUCUUUCUUCUUUACUUUGGCCUACGGUUUAUAGCAGCCAAUGACAAGCUGUGGUUCUGGCUGGAGGUCAACUCAGUGGUCGACUUCUUCACUGUUCCUCCAGUUUUUGUCUCUGUCUACUUAAACAGAAGCUGGCUCGGUUUAAGAUUCCUGAGAGCACUAAGAUUGAUUCAGUUCUCAGAAAUUUUACAGUUCCUAAAUAUUUUAAAAACAAGCAAUUCCAUCAAGCUGGUGAACUUGUGCUCCAUCUUCAUAAGCACAUGGCUCACAGCUGCUGGAUUCAUACAUCUGGUGGAAAACUCAGGGGAUCCUUGGGAAAACUUCCAAAAUUCCCAGUCGCUAUCCUAUUGGGAAUGUGUCUACUUGCUGAUGGUGACUAUGUCUACAGUGGGCUAUGGGGAUGUCUAUGCAAAAACCACCUUAGGACGCCUGUUUAUGGUCUUCUUCAUCCUCGGUGGUUUGGCCAUGUUUGCCAGCUACGUCCCUGAAAUCAUAGAGUUAAUAGGAAACCGCAAGAAAUAUGGUGGUUCCUAUAGUGCGGUUAAUGGGAGAAAGCACAUUGUGGUCUGUGGUCAUAUUACCCUCGAAAGUGUCUCCAACUUCCUCAAAGACUUCCUACACAAGGACAGGGAUGAUGUCAAUGUAGAAAUUGUUUUUCUCCAUAAUAUUUCCCCUAAUCUUGAGCUGGAAGCCUUGUUCAAACGCCACUUUACCCAAGUAGAGUUCUACCAGGGAUCUGUUCUCAAUCCUCAUGAUCUGGCCCGAGUGAAGAUCGAGUCGGCUGAUGCCUGCUUAAUUCUUGCCAACAAAUAUUGUGCAGAUCCUGAUGCUGAAGACGCCUCAAACAUCAUGAGGGUCAUUUCAAUCAAGAACUACCACCCCAAAAUCAGAAUAAUCACACAGAUGCUGCAAUAUCACAAUAAGGCCCAUCUGCUGAACAUUCCAAGCUGGAACUGGAAAGAAGGGGAUGAUGCCAUCUGCCUGGCGGAGCUGAAGGCAGGCUUCAUUGCCCAGAGUUGCCUGGCCCAGGGCCUGUCGACCAUGCUAGCCAACCUCUUCUCCAUGAGGUCCUUUAUUGAGAUUGAGGAGGACACAUGGCAGAAGUAUUACCUUGAAGGAGUGGCUAAUGAGAUGUACACCGAGUAUUUGUCCAGUGCCUUUGUAGGCCUCUCCUUUCCCACUGUCUGCGAACUGUGCUACGUGAAGCUGAAGCUCUUGCUUAUUGCCAUCGAGUACAAGUCAGAGCAGAGAGAGAGCAGAAGCAGAAAGCGCAUCCUCAUCAACCCGGGAAACCAUGUCAAGAUGCAGGAGGGAACACUGGGAUUCUUUAUCGCUAGUGAUGCCAAAGAAGUAAAGAGAGCAUUUUUCUACUGCAAAGCUUGUCAUGAUGACAUCACAGACCCCAAACGGAUUAAGAAGUGCGGCUGCAAACGAAUGAUUUAUUCCAAGAUGUCCGUCUACAAACGAAUGAAACUGGCAUGUUGUUUUGAUUGCGGCCGUUCAGAACAAGACUGCUCUUGCAUGUCAGGCAGUGUACAUAGUAACAUGGACACCCUUCAGAGGGCCUACCCACUUUCCUCUGUCUCUGUUCAUGAUUGCGCAACCACUUUACGUGCCUCCAAAUAUAAAUAUAAUGGAUAUGUCAGAUCACCAGCAGAUGGCGGUACAACACCAGGGAACAGUGGAAGCCAAAAAGAGGCUGGCGUUCGAUUCAAAGCUGAUUGCAAUAUAGUUGAAGACGAGCAUCCAUCAACUCUCUCGCCCAAAAAAAAGCAGCGCAAUGGAGGGAUGCGAAACUCACCAAACUGCUCACCCAAAAUGAUGAGUCGACACGAUCCCCUUCUUAUCCCUGGAAAUGAACAAAUUGAGAACAUGGACAUGAACGUGAAGAGGUAUGACUCGACAGGGAUGUUUCACUGGUGCCCCUCCAAAGACAUCGAAAAAGUCAUCCUGACUCGAAGUGAAGCCUCCAUGACAGUGCUGAGCGGCCAUGUAGUGGUCUGUAUAUUUGGGGAUGUCACGUCCGCUUUAGUGGGGCUGCGAAACUUGGUGAUGCCUUUAAGAGCCAGCAACUUCCAUUACCACGAGCUAAAGCCUAUAGUUUUCGUGGGCUCGCUGGAUUACCUUCGGCGAGAAUGGGAAACUUUACACAACUUCCCCAAGGUCUCCAUCUUACCUGGUACACCAUUAAGUCGGGCAGAUUUAAGGGCUGUCAACAUCAACCUCUGCGACAUGUGCGUAAUACUGUCAGCCAAUCAGAACAAUAUUGAAGAUGCCUCACUGCAGGAUAAGGAAUGCAUCUUGGCAUCACUCAACAUCAAAUCUAUGCAGUUUGAUGACAGCAUUGGGGUCUUACAGGCUAAUUCCCAAGGUUUCACGCCUCCUGGAAUGGACAGGUCAUCUCCAGACAGCAGUCCAGUGCAUGGCUUUGUUCGUCAGGCUUCUGUCACCACCGGAUCAAACAUCCCCAUCAUCACAGAACUAGCUAAACCUGGCAAACUACUGCCACUGGUUUCACUCAGUCAGGAAAAAAAAUGUGGAACCAACAUACAAAUGAUAACAGAGCUGGUGAACGACUCAAACGUUCAGUUCCUGGACCAAGAUGAUGAUGACGACCCAGACACAGAGCUGUACCUCACUCAGCCCUUUGCCUGCGGCACUGCCUUUGCUGUCAGUGUACUCGACUCCCUGAUGAGCGCGACAUACUUCAACGACAACAUCCUCACGCUAAUCCGAACACUAGUCACAGGUGGCGCCACCCCAGAGCUGGAAGCCCUGUUGGCUGAGGAGAAUGCUCUCAGAGGAGGCUACAGCACACCACAGACAUUGGCCAACAGAGACAGGUGUCGCGUUGCCCAGCUAGCGCUCUAUGAUGGGCCUUUUGCUGACUUGGGGGAUGGUGGCUGCUAUGGAGAUUUAUUCUGCAAAGCGUUGAAGACAUACAACAUGUUGUGUUUUGGAAUCUACAGAUUGAGAGAUGCUCAUCUCAGUGCACCAAGCCAGUGCACAAAACGAUAUGUGAUCACAAACCCCCCAUAUGAGUUUGAGCUGGUGCCCACCGACCUGAUAUUCUGCCUCAUGCAGUUCGACCACAACGCUGGUCAGUCGCGGACAAACUUAUCCCACUCCUCCCACUCUUCCCAUUCCUCCAGCAAAAAGAGCUCCUCCGUGCACUCCGUUCCCCCCUCCAACCGGCAAAACCGCAGCAGUAAGACGAGGGAGGCCCGCGACAAACAGAAUGCAACAAGGAUGAAUAGAAUGGGCCAAGAAAAGAAAUGGUUUACAGAUGAACCAGAAAAUGCCUACCCCAGGAACAUUCAGAUCAAGCCCAUGAGCACUCACAUGGCCAACCAAGUCAACCAAUACAAAUCCACUAGUAGCCUGAUUCCACCAAUCAGAGAAGUUGAAGAUGAAUGCUGAACACGGGGUUUCCUUGCUGACUCACCAGACAAAUGUACGCUCUUUCUAAAGAGAUGGGUAGAGUUCACCAGUGGAGGAGUGAUGAUGAUUAUAAAACGUUGGUGUUGAAGACACUCAUUUCUCUUCACUCAUUCUUCUAAUCGAGGAUUGGAUGGAAACCCAGACUGGAAGGGACCUCCUAUGUGUAUACCUUUAAUGUUACUUCCAUGCUUUGGACAUUGUUUAAUUUAUUAAUGUAUCCAUAGAGAUGUACAUAAUGACAAUCAAAUAAGGAUUGUACAGCCCCACCCCCCUAGCACUUUUUGGAAUUAUUUUAAGAGUUGACAAGAAAAAAAAAGAGUACUUCCUGUUAUUCUUUGCAAUAGUUCACCUCUUCAUGUGACCAGACUCCAUGGAUAAGGUGACUAGUUAUUGGAGGAAGAGGGUUAUGGUGAUAAACUGAUCAUAUCAUCUCCCAAAGAUUCACCCAGAUGUGACGCAUCAAACCAGCUGGGUUCAUCGCCAUCAUAUCUCCUGUCUGCUUCUGUUCUAUUUGCACUAAAACUGAAUAAGUUUCUUUUGACAGAACAACUGGAAACAUCAACCCCCAAUAAAAUGUCUCUGAUGAGGGGACAGAUGGCUGGAAGAAGAAGAGAAGGAAGGAAGGGCUGCUUGGCUUCGAAGGCAUACUAAUCUUGUUGCUUUGUUAUCCACCAUGUCAUUGCUAAAGGUUUGCUACUUCAUCUUGAUUUAUUAAGUUGAAUGAGAGCAUUCCAGGCCUGCAGAUUAAAACCACCUUGCAAGCUGUAAUCUAAAAACCCAGAGAAUGGUGCGAUGUGGGUGUGCGCUGGUUGGAAAAGACAUCUGUACCUACCUAUUUUCUGCAGAUACUAAGGCUAAAACUCUGUUUCAAGCUCACAUGAUAUGUGCCUGAGCUCCCUUUAAAACACAUAUGGUGUGGUUUAUUAGCCUGAAUGCAUGAGAAGGACGAAAAACAACCAGUCCAGGCCUUCUUGCAUUUAGGAGUGUUUCACUACACGCUCUGUGUUAAGUGUGUGCAUUGCAGCUACUUGUUCCUCUGGUGUUGCGCUUAUCACUGUCACCCACCCCACCUUCACUGGUUUGUAUGUGAUGAUGAAGCUUGGAGCGUGCAGCAUGUUGGAUCUUCGCUCUAGAAAAGAGUCAUGGUAGAAACAAUUAGUAGUAUAGUCUGAAUGAUUUGGAUCUACUAAUAAAUAAGUUGCAUUAAAAACCGAGACAAAAUCUCCAACUAUGACUGAGCAGAUCUAACACAAAGCAGCAGCUGUUUGCCCGCCCUGAAGGCAUUGCCGUGAAGUCUGCGGCAGAAUCAGAUCACAAAGAGUGCUAUAUUUUCUGAAUGUUUUGUGUUUAACAUUAAGUUAAUGUCUGAGGAAGAGAAUGCCACAUAUUGCGCAAAGUGGGCAUAAACGGGUCCUCCUUUGAUCAGAGCAACUGCCUGGCACAGGGUUGGCACAGAGGCAGUAAAGAGCUUGGAUGUUCUCUGUUGCCAACCCAGAUGUCACAUGCCUCAAAACUCUCAGGAGUUAAGCUGCUGUGUUUUAUCCUCUGACUCUGGGAAAUGCUCAAGCAUAGUUGGUGGUAUUGUAACAAUGCAACAGACUGCUAUUAAGGACACUAAAGAUGUAUUUGUGUUCUUUAUGCUAGUCUGUAUGCAACAUGAGAGUUUGCACAUGCACCUGUAGAUCCAAAUCUAGCUCUAAUGGGGGUUGUGUAAACUUCAUAUAAAUGUGUAAUUUGAUUUAUACAUGUAAACAUUAUUUUAUAACCAUAAACAUAAUCUAUUUGUACUUAUUUUUCUAGUCAAGAACCAAGUGGAACGAACAUUAGGAGAUAAAAGAGUCCAUUUUUAAAUGGUUUUUGUUUAAUAAACCACUAUUUAUUUCACAUUGUAUCAAAACAAAUAGUUAUUUUUCUAUCCCCUGGCCCCCUUAACAAACUACAUCACUCUGGAGUUAAUAAAGCUUAGCCUGCAUCGUGAAACCAUCAUCUUCAGCCUGGCAGCUUGGCUCUGAGUGCUUGUAGAAAUGAAUUUGGGCUCAUCUGAAGCCUCCUUUAGUUGCACAGAUAAAGUCUCUACUAAAUAAUGUGUAUGCUACUAAGUGUCUCUAGUUGAGAACAUCCAUAUGGAAGGGUAGUUGUAGAGGAAUUACGUGUUGGGGGGUAAAUGUUAUAUUUAACUGGAGAGCAGAUCAGAGUGCUAAUAAUGACUUGAAUAAUAUGAAGUUGCUCCCACUGUGUGUAGGCCAGAACUGAAUGACCUUCAUUAGACAUGUUUGACCUAAAUUAGGUCCCUAGAGUGAAGGAAGAGUGAGUAUGCACCACAUUGCAGUGUGUUGGCAUUUUCCACUAAAAAAAAGAGAGAAAAAAAAAUUUAAAUGACAGGGAGACACUAGCCGUUUAUAGCAGUGAUCUUCUUUUAAAGACUGUAAAGGUAAGGUCACUCCAAAAAAAAAAUAAAAAUAAAAAAUAAAAACAUUUUGGAAUAUGAAAAAAUAAAAAUGGUAUUGUGCUAAAUAUGUUGGUGUAAAUUCAAACCCAUUAUACUGACCACAUUUCUUUCUCAAACAAAAUGAUCUGAGCUUCAAUGUCCGUCUAUUGGGUGUGGUGCAAAUAUACUGAAGCUUCAUACACAUUGUCCUGAAGUGAAUUUUUUGAACUGUGAUUACAUCUCUGUCACACAUUGUAGCAAAAUAGAUUUCUUUUCAGAAAAUAUGUGAGUAAAAUGUUUGUAUAAUUGGGUUGUCAAUGGCAUACUUGCUAGCCUGAACGAUAAGGAAUUAUUAAUAUUUCAAAAUGAUGCUGACUCAAUAUACACAGAAUCGACAAACUGAUUGUUAUGUUGAAAAAAAAAUAUAUAGAAGAAAAACUUGUAUCUCAAAAAUGAAAGAUCUUGGAUUCUUGUAGGAAUGCGGACACGAUUCAAGUACUGUAUGUGACACAAAGAAAAGUCAGAUCUGGUUUUGCAGCCAUUGCUAAGAUGGAAGGUAGCACCAAUUCAGCAAUCGUUAUCAAAAGAGAGAACAUCCUUGGUUUUCUUGUGUUGAUAACUUUGUGUUAUUACAGGGUUUACAUUCCAUUUUGUCAGCUUGUCAUCAUCCACCACAAACUGUCACAAAUGCUUCUUAUUUGUUUACAGAGUAUUUAUAAGGCACUUAAACAUAGCAUUGCUGAGAAAUAGAAAAGUACAUGCUGCAAACUGGCAACACUCAAAGUAAUACACCAUUUUCUUUCAUUAUACUUGAUACCUGUGCUUUUUUUUUUUUUUUUUUUUUUGUGAACCCUCGUUGUCCACCUCAUUCAGGCUGGCAAUAUUCACAACACUGGACUGAGAUGUCCCUCCUUCCUACACCUUUUUCAAAUGUCUGUUUUAGGUCUUUGCAUUGUACACCGCUAAAGUUUUUGAAGUGCCAUGAAGCGUUUAGUUGAGCAAGCAUCCUUCAGUCAUUCAGGGACACGGACUCGCUUCAGGGGAGCCAAGUCCAAGUGUUUUCCACUGUGAGAACAGUGUCUUGUACUGGCAUGGAGAACAUCCAAGCCAUCAAUGCCUCCAUGCCAGUAUAGUGCCAGGCAGUGCAAGAGGUCAAGAGGAGGGCCCAUACUAAGUCCCACUAAAGCGACAAGUGGUAUUCAGGAGGUCGGAAGAACUGCUGGGAAGGAUAAUUACGAGCAACAGUCAUCAACCACACUUACUGUCUCUGCUGUUUGCUCGGUUACAGGUUAUCUGCCUGUGUCAUGUAGUGUAGUGAGAUAUGGAUGACUGAAAGAUGCACAUAGAGGCUCACGCCUGUAACAUCAUGUGUUGUUUUCCACCAAACAAAUCAAAUAUGACGCAUCAUAUGUCACUGUUGCAUUAUGUUUGUUAAUCUAAUUUUGCUGUAAAUGAUGGAUUUAAUGAAUUAUUUGCUGGGAAUUGUACUAGAUAUAAUAUUUAACACUUACAGGGAUUGGAGGUGGGUCUUAAGUCUUAAAAAUACAUUAAAAUUGCAUUCAGCAAUUUUGUCUAAGAAAAGUUGCUUUUUUUUGGUUGCCUAUCAGUUCAGGAAGAUUUCAGGAUAUUGCUCUUGCGCAUCACAGAUAAGAUUAGUUGGCAUAUCGUCAUUGCAGCAUACAGGAGUUUGACAUAGCAUUCUAAUUAGUUUGGAUGUGUUCUGGAUAUGAUGGGAAACUGGAUUAUUUGAUGGUGCUGAGUUGAUCUACCUGACUCUGUCAAAUAUAAUCUGCUGAUAAAUAUACUGUCUUGUACAAAAAGUUUGUACAUAGAUUGUACAUGGUUUCUUUUUGUAUUUUCUCAAAUUAAAAUGGAUGUAUUUGUGUUCUAAA